CUCUCUCUCUCUCUCUCAUUAAUAUUAUAUCUUCUCCAAAACCCAAAACCCAAACCAAAAACCGACACCCAAACAAACCCCAUCAAAACAACGAACAAGAACAAACCCCCCCAAUCCAAAAACGCAACAUUUGAAAAAGAAACAAAAAUCAAAAUUGUAAAUUUAGCCAUGACAUCCCCGAGAAGCCCAGCUGAAUCGGAACUUCCGGCCACUGCAAUACUGGUCCAACCAUCUUCCCCGAGAUUUCAGGCAAGUGGGACUCCCACUGCUGGUGCCCAGCGGAAGAUUGGCAUAGCCGUUGACCUCAGCGACGAGAGCGCCUUCGCUGUCAAAUGGGCCGUCCAGAACUACCUCCGCCCCGGAGACGCUGUCGUCCUCGUCCACGUCAGCCCCACGGACGUCCUCUACGGUGCGGAUUGGGGCUCUGUCGAUGCCACGGUGGCCAACGCCGACGACGGCGAGGAGGCGAAGCGGAAGCUCGCUAACGACUUCGAUGCCUUUACGACAUCCAAAGCCAACGACGUCGCUCGGCCACUGGAGAAGGCGUUGAUCCCUUACAAGAUCCAUGUUGUGAAGGAUCACGACAUGAAGGAGCGGCUUUGCUUGGAGGUGGAGCGCCUUGGUCUCAGUGCCCUUAUCACGGGCAGUCGAGGCUUCGGCGCCUCCAAGCGUGAGACCGAAGCUAAGCUUGGUAGCGUUAGUGAUUACUGUGUUCAUCACUGUGUUUGUCCCGUUAUUGUGGUUAGGUCUGCCCAAGAAAAGGACGGGAAUGGUUCUACUGAUCUUAAGACUCGUAAAUCGGAGGACGACCAAGAGUUUCACGAUGCUUUGGACAACUAAACAGAAACAUCUGAUUUCAGAAGUGACAAUGCCAGACAGUGAUUAUUGGAUAGAAGGAUUUGAGUAGAUGCUGAAGCGCUUUAAGAUGUUUUUGAGCUCAAAUACUCAAUAUGGUUGAAUGUUGUACAAAAAGUCUGGUGGAGAUGAUGUCUGGUUCUAUUAACUUUUUACUGCCUCGCGCAUGUGUAGAGUUGGGGAUGAUGAAGUUGGCGUGAUUUCUUUUUCUUGUUGUACUUUAUAAUUUAUGUUGGAAUCUCUUUAUUCCAUUAAUAAAAAAAAUAAUAUUAAAAAGUA